CCCAGGUACCGGACACGCGGCUGCUACCGGCACAACCGCCGAGCGGCGCCCCUGUUCCCGUCCCCCCGCCGCGCCACCGGCGGCGCUCCCCGCCGGCGCGCGACGUCACUUCCGGCCCCCUGUGACCGGCAUUUCCGUUACGACCUGGCGCGGCCCGGCCCGGCCCGGCGGCGGGAUGAGGCGCGGCGGGAACGGAGAGGCCGCUGCCGCGUAGCCGCCCCGCCGCCGCCCCCCCGGCCAUGGUGUCCGUCACUAUGGCAACGUCGGAAUGGAUCCAGUUUUUCAAGGAAGCCGGCAUCCCCCCGGGCCCUGCCGUCAGCUACGCCGUCAUGUUUGUGGACAACAGGAUCCAGAAGAACAUGCUGAUGGAUCUGAACAAGGAGAUCAUGAACGAGUUGGGCAUCACAGUGGUGGGAGACAUCAUCGCCAUACUCAAACACGCCAAAGUCGUGUACAGGCAGGAGAUGUGCAAGGCAGCCACCGAGCUGCUCGGUCCCGCCUCCCCCAGCGUCCAAGCCGAGCUGCGCCGCAACACCAGCAGCGCUGCCAGCCGGAUGAUUGCCAACAGCCUGAGCAGGGACUCGCCUCCUGCCACCCCGCUCCGGCAGCGGCCCCACGCCUCCAAAAUCUCUGUCACUGUCUCCAACAAGCUGGCGGCCGUGGCAGGUUUAUGCGACACGGCUGGUGAAAAUCCAGCGACCCCAGUGAAACGGCGCCGGGUGACGGCAGAAAUGGAAGGGAAAUACAUCAUCAACAUGCCCAAGGGCACCACGCCGAGGACAAAGAAGAUCCUGGAGCAGCAAGCAGCCAAAGGUGUGCAGAGGACGUCUGUCUUCGACCGUCUGGGAGCCGAGGCAAAAGCGGACACAGCCGCCGGAGGGAAGCCCACAGGAGUGUUCAGCAGACUGGGUGACGCGCUGGGGGCCGAUGGGGACAAAGCCACUGAGAGCGACGACGACUGCUCUGUCCUCCAGUACGCCGGCGUCCUAAAAAAGCUCACCAAACCUCCCCGUAAGGAAGGUGCCGAGCCGGGACGAGCUGUCAAGGCGAAAGCCACCAGCUCAGAAGCCAAACCCGUCGCUGUCGCCACCACCAUCCGGCGACUCGGCCGCGGGAACCCCACCAGCAUCCGCCUGGCGACCAAACCGCACCCUGCGGCACUCAGAACGGGCAGCAGCGGCGUCCCGGCGGUGCCGGCUGAAGCCCAGGACGGCAGCAUCACCAGCACCAAGGAUAGGAACGAGCCCGAGUUUCGGGUGACGAUCAAAAGGACCUGGGGGUGCGGGAAGGUGAGCAGCACCAGCGAGACCCCCGGCGCUCAGAUGGACAGCGCUGGCACCGUCAGCGUCUUCAAGCGCCUGGGCAGGAAACCGGACUGACCCCCGCGGCCUCCCGCCUGCCCCCUCCCCUCCCGACGGCUGCCUCUUCUUCCCUGUCCGUUUACUCACCCUCAGGAGCUCGCAGGCUUUCAUGCUGCCUUCGUCUUCUCUUAACCUCACAGGAAAACAAUGGUAAUCCCAUGGGGAGAAGCUUCAUCCCACAGAGAAACACUGAUGCCCCAGGGAAGCAGCAGAGGGAGGGGAGGAAAAGCCCUUCCAAUGGGUUUCCUGACAGCAAAGGCAGCAGCUGCGGGGCCAGAUCCUUGCUCUCCAAAGCCUGUUUUCUCCCUCCCCCGCAGGUUCUGUGCUGUAUUGGGCCUGGAGAGUUCCGGGGGAGUGGGGGGCUGUUCCUUCUGGGCUUUUCCUCCUUUGCAGGGUGUUUUUUUUUACCCUUAUGUAGGAAUUUGUACCAAAAUGACCCUGUGAGUGGCAGCUUGCUGCAAGGGUGCUUAAUUUUUAAGCCUCCAAAAAUACAACCGACCCCAAAGCUUCACAAAACCUCCUUGCAAACUCCCCCCCUAAAAAAAACAAAAUCCCCGAAUUGCCUUAAUCUUAUCCAUUCCAAACCGUUCAGCCCACUGCUCGAUUUUGGGCUCAAGCUCACUCAAACACAAACCCUAACACGGCUGCCACAGGGUUUCACCGAUAUUGAUUGUCCCCUCCACUUUGUUGCCCUCACAAGUUCAUUUCUCACGUCGUGUCUUCACCCAGCGUUGCUGCCGGCUCUGAAAACACCUGGUUUUGUCCACAAAAGAAAGACAAGGAGGGGUAGAGGCAGCUGUGGGGUGAGGCAGGGUUCUAACGGUGGCUCUAAUAAGAAAAACCACUAAUCUUUUCGGUUUUACCUUGUUUUGGGAGAUUUUUCUUUACUCCUCGGGCAUCGUUUGGUGUGAAAACAAGGGAGUUUGGGCAAUUUUUUGGCUUUCUACGAAGCCCGCGGGGGAGCUUUUUGCAAUAAAGCGUGGAAACGGCA